AUGUCUCGCGGAGGCGGUACUACUCUCUACGUCACCGGCUUCGGCCACGGCACCCGCGCUCGCGACCUCGCCUACGAGUUCGAACGGUACGGUCGCCUUGUCCGCUGCGACAUUCCGGCCCCGCGCUCGGCCUCCUCUCGGCUCUUCGCUUUCGUCGAGUACGAGAGCCGUCGCGAUGCCGACGACGCCUACCACGAGAUGCACAACAAGCGCAUCGGCCGCGAUGACUUGUUGAAGAUUGAGUGGGCCCGCACACCUCCCUCGGCAUCAUGGCGCUUCGAUUCCGGCCGUGACCGCCCCCGUGGUGAGCGCGGCAGCGACCGUGGCGACCGCAGCUCCCGCGGCGACGACCGUGGUGUCCCAUCUCGUGGCGACCGUUCUCCUCGCCGCCGCAGCGUCUCCCCUCGCCGUGACCGUGCUGGCUCUCCCCGCAAGGACCGUGAGCGCGAUUACGACCGCCGUGACCGUGACAGGUCUAGGAGCCCCGUCGAUGGUGACCGCGAGAUGAAGGAUGUCCGCGACCGUGAGGAUGACCGUGGCGAGCGUGGCGACCGCGAGCGUGGUGACCGUGAGCGUGACGAGAGGCGCGAAGGCGAGACUCGUGCCGCCGGCGAAGAGCGCAAGGCCGACUCCCCUCCGCCCCCUGCCGCACACGAAGAUCUCGACGUGGCCGAGUAG